UGACACGUAGCGACAGGCUAGAGUACGUUGCGGAGUUGAAUUUGUGGGGGUUACUUGGGGCCGCUGGUGCAACAGCCGCUGCCGCCACUGCUCCCUCCGCCUUGGGUCUUUUGCGAUGUCAGGCUUUGAUAAUUUAAAUACAGAUUUCUACCAGACAAGUUACAGCAUCGAUGACCAGUCUCAGCAAUCCUAUGAUUAUGGAGGAAGUGGAGGACCCUAUAGCAAACAGUAUCCAGGCUAUGACUACUCGCAGCCGGGCCGGUUUGUCCCUCCAGACAUGAUGCAGCCACAGCAGCCAUACACUGGGCAGAUUUUCCAUCCAACUCAGACAUAUACUCCAGCUGCACCUCAGCCGUUCUAUGGGAACAACUUCGAGGAUGAGCCCCCUUUAUUAGAAGAGUUAGGUAUCAAUUUUGACCACAUCUGGCAGAAAACACUAACAGUGCUACAUCCAUUAAAAGUAGCAGAUGGCAGCAUCAUGAAUGAAACUGACUUGGCAGGACCAAUGGUUUUUUGUCUUGCUUUUGGAGCCACAUUGUUACUGGCUGGCAAAAUCCAGUUUGGCUAUGUAUAUGGGAUCAGUGCAAUUGGAUGUCUAGGAAUGUUCUGCUUAUUAAACUUAAUGAGUAUGACAGGCGUUUCAUUUGGUUGUGUGGCAAGUGUCCUUGGAUAUUGUCUGCUUCCCAUGAUCCUACUUUCCAGCUUUGCAGUGAUAUGUUCUUUACAAGGCAUGUUAGGAAUUGUUCUCACUGCUGGGAUUAUCGGAUGGUGUAGUUUUUCUGCUUCCAAGAUUUUUAUUUCUGCAUUAGCCAUGGAAGGACAACAACUUUUAGUAGCAUAUCCUUGUGCUUUGUUAUAUGGAGUCUUUGCCCUCAUUUCUGUCUUUUGAACGGAAUUUAUCUGAAAUGUGGACAUCAGUGGGCUAAAUACACAAGGAGGACUCUGAACUCUUAAAUUGGACCAGCAAAUUGCUACAGCGCAACUCUCAUACAGAUUUAUGAUAGACUAUUGGAGCAAUGGAAGUGAAUAUGUAUCUUUUGUUCAUUUUUAUAGAACUUUUGAAUACUAUAUUGGAUAUAUCUGCAGUGUGACUAGCUUUAAGUGUUUGUGCUGUUUCUUUCCUUUUCCUGUAGCUUUGGAAAAACAACUUUUUUCCUUACAAAUUAUAUUAUGAUUUUUUUGAUAGAUUUUUAUUAACCGUGGGAAACCAACCACAUAGCUGAUAACCUUUCUUAAAAACAACCCAUUAAAUACACAAGGCUUACUGCAUAAAUGCUUUUUUCCAGGAAUUAGGAAAGAAAAUUGUCUAUAUACUCAAGUUAGGAGCACUCAGCAGAAAAAAAAAUUCCAAUGCAGAGUUUUGAGUUUCCAGUUCAAAAAUUUGACAUUCCUGUAAAUUGUCUCGUGAAACUUUUUUUAAAAUUCAGUUUUGAAAAGUUCACAGUCUACCUUAUUGUAGACAAGAAAUGUGAACUGCUGUUCAGAUAUUAGUGUUUAUUAAACCUGGACUGGCCACAUUAAUGCUUAGUUGGGCCUCUACCUUUCCCAAGAAAAUCACUAACCUUUUUUGAGAAAAAUAUUUAAAAUUUCACAAGUUCAGUAUUUUAGUUAUCUAUGUAAAGUACAUUUGAUGCAUAUUAAAAUUUUCCCAAUUUUAACUAUGUUGUUGAGUUUACUUUUACUAAACCACUGUUCUCCAUGUCUGGAUUUCUUCAAUUAGGGUCUGAUUUUGACUCCCGAUUUUAUCUAAGCUUUAAACAUAGAAGUUGUCUACUAGGAGAUUUUAAAAAGCUUAAAAUGAGGAGCAAUUUACUUUUGAGUUACAACAUUAUUUUCCUAAAUUUAUUUAAUUUAUACUGUUAAGUUCUCUUGGCAGAAAAUUUGUACAAAAAUACUAUAUCCUGUAUGUGGUCACUGACUUUCUGGAGGACUUAUCUCUGAUUCUGGACAAAGCUAGGAGAAAGGCAUGCUAUGGGGAAGAAAAUAUUUCUGUUUUUUAAGAAAGAGCCUUUCCUUCUAAGUAAAAAGAAAUGCCAGAUUGAUGUAUAAAUGGUUUUUUUUUAAAGGUGAAAGAUUUAUGUAAUCUUAAGAGAAAACCACAGUGUAUUUUCUUUUCAGAGCAAGCUUUCAAGCAUCAACAGAAAUUGAAAUAAAUAAAACAUACUUCUUAUAAAGAUCUUAAUUUCUAAUCUCUGGCAUCACAUAAAUUUUUUUUAUUUUCAUUCUUCAGGAGAAACAAUAAAAGGUUUUGGCUAAGUUCCCAAACUUAACAAAUUGUAUUACAAUAUUUUUAUUGUAAUCUUUGGAUACUAUCUUUGUCUUCCCCAAUUUGUUUUAUAAAGAUAGUUCUUGUUAAGGCAAGUAUAUGAAUGUCUUCCAUUAAUAUUCAGUUCUUUCUUAUGAAUGGGGUAGAUGAGGCCUUGGAAAUUAAGUUUCUCAUUCUUGGAUAGAUUCAGAACCAACUCAACCAAAUUCCCAAAUGGACCAAAUUGUCUUCUUAAUCUGCUGAUUUCCCCACCCAGGAAAAUGAGUUUUACUUUAAAAUCAUGUAGAGAUUUUUAUGUUUGUCAGUUGUCUUAUUUAGUUCCAAAAUAAGAUACAAAACUUUUUAAUACUUAACUAUUGCUCUGUCAAAACAACCAUAUAGUGGAGUUGGAUCUGAUGCAAGAGUUGAGUUCAAGAGUUUGAUUAAAGAGUCAUGUGUAGCCAGUGUUUCUCUUAAUAAAACUCUCCUGAGGUAAAAAAUACAGUAUGUGUACCCAUAUUUAUGCAUACAUUAAAGACUCCUAUAUUGUGUCUGAAAAA